UACCGGGUCAGUUCCUUCUCGCGCACACCAAACCGCACCGCCCAAAACCCCCAAACCCAUCGAUCCCCUUUCGUCCCGCCCCCCACCACCGAGCUCCGGCGGUCGGCUUGCCUGCCAUGGCCUCGCCGGCGCCGGCGCCGGCGAGCGCCGGCCAUCGGCGCGGCUCCCGACCGCUCUCACCGACGGCCUCCUCGGUGGGAUCCUCGCCCGCAUUCCCACCCCAAAAGAGGCGCCGGUCCGGGCGUCCGCCUCCCUUCCUCGGGCUGGCCUGCGACGACGGCUUCUACCCCGCCCUGGAGCCCCACCCAUCCGCCAAGCGCGCCAUCGCCCUCGCUCGCAAGGCCGAUUUCGAGUACUAUUUCGUGCCGUUUGUGCCGGAGGGGAAAGCCUGGGGCUGGUUCCCCCUGGACGCCCGCGACGGCCGUGUCCUCAUCCAGUCCAAGUACUUCCCCGAUGACUCCCCCCGCGCUCGCUUCAUGAACUACGCCGUGUGCGAUCCCCUGUUCAAGCGAUACGUGCUGCUCCCACCUAUACCUGACGACCUAACCGUCAAUGAGGGGAGCCUUCUUGAUUUUGGGCUCUGCCUUGCUCCCUCCCAAGAGGAUGAGGCGGAUACAGCAUUCAGGGUGAUAUGCGUGGCGCGGUACAAAACCAAGCUGGUCGUGCUCGUCUUCUCUUCUGUGACCAGGCAAUGGGGAAUCGCUACAUCUUCAAACUGGAGUUCUUUGGGCACAGAAGAGCCUCCUAACUUGUAUGGCCUGGGGAGCUUCGACUGUGUUGAUGGCUGCUUCUACUGGACAGUGCCUUCGCCGGACAAAAUUCUCGUGCUUGAUGCCCUCAAGAUGGAGUUAUCUGUUAUCAACUAUGCUCAUCGUGUGGAGGACGGCUUUCGGGCUUGCAUUGCAGUUGAUAGAGAAGGAACCCCUGGGAUGCUCACUGUUGGUGAAUACUUGGGGAAUCGACAGUUUCGCUUCUCUCGCAUCGCUAAACAAAGUGACCAUGAAUCUCCCAAUGAACGCCUGUCGGAGAAUAUUAUACAAUUGCCCUGCGACCAUAAUGAGUACUUCACUUUAGGUGCAGCUGAGGGAUUUAUUUUCCUUCGAGGCGUUCCAGAAGAUGAGGAAGUUGAAGACCCUUCAUCAGAGGAUCUUUACAUGGAACCUGAAGAAGUGGAUUAUUAUUCACUGAAUGUCAAGACUGCUGAAUUUGAGAUGGUCUGCGCGAUGGACAUGGACAAGUGUUACUUUAGUGUUUGCCCAUACUUCCGCUUUUCACCACCAUCGGCAAAAAGAUGCGUUUGAAGUGGUUUACUUCCAGGUGCGGCUGUUGGAUGGGGUCAAGGCGUGUGCACACAAGGUGCUUGCCCAGCAGAUAGGGAGGAUGAAGAUGACGAGUGACGCUGUUUGAGUGGAAGUGCUUUUGCUGUGCUCCCGUUCUGCCUUUUGUGCUUAGUUUGUAUCAGACUUUAAAGCUGUAGUCCGCCUGAAGCAGGUCAUGUAGUUUGUCGUAGACUUUGGUCUUGGUCCUCUCUCUGUCUUUGCUACCUUCGUAUUUCUGGGAUAAGCUUGUAUUCCAUUCUACUAAUGGAAAUGGCCAAAUGGGGUAUCGCCUCAUAUCCUGCACUGAAUGUAGCCAGUAUCGUUUCAAAGCCUGGAGUA